GAUGAGUCUAUUUCUGUUGAUUACAAACGGUGAAAGAGGAUUUUAUGGGAAUCAUUAUGGCGAGUGGAAUGAUUCGCAACUGCAGCCCACCAUACAGAAGCUGAUGAAAGGCUACAAUCGAUACCUUAGGCCAAACUUCAACCAGGGGCCUGUUAAAAUUGGAAUGAGUCUGGAUAUUGCCAGUAUUGACGCCAUCUCUGAGAUUAACAUGGACUACACAGCCACUAUCUUCCUAAGACAACGAUGGGGAGAUUCCCGCCUCAUAUUCCCUGGAAAUGAAAGUCUGAGUCUGGACGGGCGGCUGGUUUCUUUGCUGUGGAUCCCCGAUACGUUCAUCCCUGAUUCUAAGCGUUCUUUCCUCCAUGACGUAACUGUGGAGAACCGUCUGAUCCGCAUCUUCAGUAACGGCACUGUGCUCUACGCUCUUCGCAUAACAGCAACCAUUGCCUGCAACAUGGACCUCACCAAGUAUCCUAUGGAUAGACAAGAGUGUACUUUGCAGUUAGAAAGCUGGGGGUAUAAUUUACAGGAUGUAGUGUUUUACUGGACCCGAGGGAAUGACUCAGUGAAGGGGUUAGAUACACUGCGUCUGGCCCAGUACAGUGUGGAGAGCUACUACACAACCGUUUCUCAGGCUGUGUAUGAAACAGGUUUUUACCCGAAGCUAGUGCUGCAUUUCUCUUUACGUAGAAAUGUGCUGUUCUUCAUUCUGGAGACGUAUGUGCCCUCGACACUUCUGGUGGUUCUGUCAUGGGUGUCUUUUUGGAUCAGUCAGUCCUCCGUUCCAGCUCGCACCUGCAUUGGCGUGACCACCGUUCUUACCAUGACCACACUAAUGAUGGGAGCCAGGACCUCGCUUCCCAAUGCCAACUGCUUCAUUAAGGCUAUAGAUGUCUAUCUCGGCAUCUGUUUCACUUUCAUCUUUGGUGCUCUGCUGGAAUAUGCCUGUGCUCAUUUCUGCACCAUGCAGCACCAAACCAUUGUAGAUGUGCAAAGGGAACUACUCAAAGAAUUUGAGGAGUCAAAUGGUAUGACUCAUUUGGCAAAUUCAACAUCACCCAAAAAGAUGCAGACUGAAGAAUCAACUCAGCAGGAGAUGCCUGAACAAUCUGUGAUAUGCGAAGGGAAUGAGGCCACAGACAAGAAGAAAGAAAAGGGUUGCGGUUUGUCUUCUGUAAAGCAAAUGUCUCGCCGAGCAGCAUCCAUGAUGAGUGUUGAGAAUCCUAACAACAUCGACAGACAUGCACGUGUAUUUUUCCCCACGGUAUUUCUCCUUGUCAAUAUUUUCUACUGGCUGUACUACCUUUUAUUCUAAUGGAUGAACCACUCUUAAUGAACAAAGUAUUGCACAAAUGACUGUAAAAGUGAAAAGUAAAUUACAGUUAUAUAGUGGCCUAUAACAAGGAGCUGGACUUGAUUCAUUGUUGCACUGAAGAAAGUGUUUCUACAUAACAAUAAAAAUGAAGAUCACAUGGACACACAUAAAUCACCAUACAGACUCAUCUGCAGCAGGACACAAAGAAGGACUCUGCUCUACGCAUCCACAAUUGCCUUCACAUUACUGAUUUAUUUAAGGGUUCAGUGCUUUACCUGUUUUUUCAUCUUGCUUUGUUUUGUUAGGUAACGUAAUAUGCUGUAGGGGUGCUGUAAACUCCAUAAGCACUGACUAUAAUAAACUG